UCCCAACAGCAAAGUCUCAAUCUACUACGACAAAGUGGAAGUGUAUGUGUUCUAUGACAAAGACAAAUUGGCGGCCAGCGCUGGCCAACCUUUUUUUCAGCCUCAUAGGCAUGAGACUCAUUUGGAUGAAAAACUUGUGGCUCAAAAUGUGACAUUGACUGGGAAGGUGGCGAAAGACUUGGGGCUUGAGAAAGCGGCAGGGAAUGUGGAAUUGGAUGUUCAGAUGAAGGCGAAGGUGAGGUUUAAGUAUGGAUCGUGGAAGACAGGACAUCGGAGAUUGAGGGUUUUCUGUUCACCUGUUUUUGUGCAGUCAUCCAAGAAGAAUUCACAGACGACAGACUGUCACGUUUCACUAUAAGCUGCUGCAGAGAGUGCAGUUGUGUUUGCUUGGAUUUCUUAUGAGGAUUUUAUUCUAUUAAUUUGAUGAUUCUUGUGAUAUUUUCUUUUCUUAAUUUUUUUUUUCUUUUUGGAAUUGAAUGUUGUGAUGAUUAUUGUUGUGUUUAGUGUUUCCCUAUACUUUGUAAUAUGUUUGUUUGAUGGGAAAUUGAGUUCCAGAUUGAUAGUCCGAUUCUGAUA